AUGGAGCCCACGUGGUGUCAGGGCUUCCCGCGCGACAACACGCUCGUCCAGCUCCUCGACGUGAGCCAGGCCACCAACGAGCCAAUAAUACACGAUGCGUACGGUCUGGAUAAGACGUACGCCGAGCUCCUGGGGGAUGUUGUCGAGACUCGCGACAGGAUCCGCAAGGCCGUCCCGGCGUCGAGUCUUGACCGGCACGGAAUGCUCCGCGAGGCUGCGCCGUACACGGGGUUUCUCGGACUGUCUGGGUACGAAUUCAUCGUUGCCUUCUUCGCCGCCCGAGCUCUCGGCGGUGCAUGCAUGCCAUUUGGCGCCGGCAUCCUACCGCAAGAAGCGCACUCGUUCCUGGCGAGAUCAAAGGCGUGCGUCCUACUCGUCGGCGGGCACAAGUUGGAGCGAGGCCAGCAAAUCAACGAGUACAGCCAGCAGCACGGCCAUGGUUUCCAGCUCGUCCGCAUCUCGACCGACGCGCCGCCCGUGGCAAUCGGCUCCAUCGCCAUCGACGACUCCGUACAGCUGGAUGGCGGGGGCCCAGGCUUCGUCAUCUUCACGUCAGGGACCACGGGUCCUCCAAAGGGGGCCGUCCUUCCGCGAAGAUGGUGCCUGUUUGAGGGCCCAGCCGAGCCGGGAAGCGCAACCAUCUCCGAGCGCCCGCCUCACUGGAUAGGAGGCGCGUAUCCCAUGCUCGAGAGUACAUUGAUCGGCCGUCACGUGUACAUUCUCAAAAACGCUCCCCCUGUUUCGGCGAUAUGGGACACUUUUAGGGACCACAGGAUCGACCACAUGGCCUUCACGCCCGGCCUGCUCCGGGCAAUGAAGCAGGACUACCAGGAUCGCAUCUGCAAGUUGCCGGCGGCCGAGCACAGGCUGUAUCUGCAAGGAAUUCGGAACUUGAAGACCCUGUGGCAGGGCGGCGGCAUGCCGUCAGUUUCGAUGCUGGACUUCUGGCGGGACUUGGUCGGGAAGCCUGUCGCGAUGCGCUACGGAUCCACGGAGCUUGGCGGGACGGUGACGGGACACGAUGGAUCCUCCAAGAUCAAGUACUCCGUCGGGACUCCCUUUCCGGGCAUCGAAAUCAAGCUGUCCAACGGGGACAGCGGCGCCAUCCUCGUCAGGAGCCCACACAUGAUGACACACUACAUCGGAGACGAGCACGGCCCGAAAGACAACCUCGACAGCGAGGGAUACCUCGAGUCCGGAGACACUGGCCACCUGCAGGACGGCGAGCUGAUCUACGACGGGCGAGCAUCCAACGAGUACAUCUUCUUCAACGGGUAUCGAAUCCCGAUAUUGCCUCUCGAGCACGCGCUGUGCGACCUCGGCUACAUAUCAGAAGGCUACGUCGUCGCGGUGCCCGACCACGAGUCCAACGAGAUCUGCGGCGCGCUGGUCCGGCUGCGAAAGACGGGCAGCGACGAGAAGGUCGACCUGGCGAGAAUAAGGUCCGACCUCUCCGAGGACCACGCCGCCUUCACGCUGCCAGUCGUGCUGCGCAUCCUCGACGACGGCGAGGAAGUGCCCGUGACCGUAUCCCAGAAGCCCAUGAGGAAGCAGGCCGCGAGGAAGUUCUUCCUGACAGAUGACUACUGGUCCCCUGAGAAUCCAACCCCGGGCGUAGAGUACGUGGAUCCCAAGCCUACAAAUCAAGAGGCCAAGACGCGGCGGAUUUGGGAUUGGGCUGGACUGCAGCGAUGA